AUGGGCAGUUUCCAGAUCCACCUCACCACUGCAGGGGAAGUUAUUUCAGGCCCUGCUGAAGCCAAACUGGCAGAUUUAUUGCAAGCUAUCUCUUCCUUCCGGAACACAUAUCCUGCUUUAACUGGAGAUGCCAUUCAGCCUGCUGUAGCAGCCCUUAUCAUCACUAUCAAUGGUCUUGACAGCCAAGAGAGAGUACCUGAAAAUAAGAAGCGGUACAGUGAGAUUUUCCGGAGUCUGGAUGCCAUAGAAAUCUCAAUUGGAAAUGCGACAGUUGAUAUGUUCAUUGGUGAUUUGGAUAGCACUGACAACAUAGACUUGACCCCAGAAAGAGAGAUCGUUCCGCUGAGUGAAAGUUUCUGCAAGAGUAAAAACAGUUCAGAGAAGCAAGUGCAGACAGACAUAACAGUUGAGGAGGCAGAUGAAAUGUUGAUAAAAUGUGAAGGUGGCAUUGAUGCAGCACUUGAAUAUGCCAAAAUGUGGUGUAAAUAUGUCAAAGAGCUUCUUAGCUGGAUUGAAAAACGUCUGAAUUAUGAAACAGAUUUUGCCAAAGGGAUUGUGAAGAUAGCAGAAUCAGGAAGAAAUGCAAUUAUCCAUCAGUCCAACAUGCCUCUUCGGGCACUCUACACAAAGGUCCUGGAACAUGACAUUAUGAUUGGAAACUCAGCUAAUGAGGCUGCAGGAUUGCUUCAACAGAAAGAAUUCUAUCAGCCUCUGUCAGCCAAGAAGAACGAAAUUGAGAAGUGGAGGAAAGAAUUCAAAGAUCAGUGGAUAAAGGAGCAAAAGCGAAUGAAUGAAUCCCUGUCCUCCCUGCGCAAGUCCCGUCUGCAAUAUAUACAGCGCUGUGAGGAGCUGGAGAAAGCAAAGCACUUGAGUGCCAAGGCAGAGGAUGAAUACCAGAGUACAGCGGUCACUCAUCCUGGCAGUGCCAACAAGCAGCUGGAGAAACGCCGCCGGUCUUGCGAGGAGGCACAAGCAAAGGUUCAAGAAACAGAAGCUUUGUACAAGACGUGCAUCAGUGAUGCCAACUUCCGCCGACAAGAGCUGGAGAAAGUGCGGGCACGGAUUAUCUCCCAUAUUCGGAAACUCAUUUACCAAGGAGAUGAGGUGCUGACAUGGGUCACAUUAAGGAUGUUCAAGCAGCGGCAGAUUCAGUCUGAGCAGAUUCCAGCGCAUUACCAGCAUCUGACUGAGGUCUGCAGACCAUACAAAGUGGGCGAAAAAUACCUGGAAUUCAUUCAGACUCUGCAGAAGAAAGAAGUCCAUAUAGAGGUGUUUGAAUUUGAGCCACUUGCUUCUGGGGGGCAGAGGUCCCCACCGGCUGGCAAAAAAAAGACGACGUUGCAUUAUACAGGAGCCCCUUCUGCAGCAAAGGAUGUGAGCACUCCAGAAGAUACAUCAAGAAAGCAGUUCUCCCCAAAUGGUGAACAGAGUAUAAGCAAGUCCCUCUGCAGUGACACGGAAAGUCUUGGUGGGAGCUGUGAAUCACGAUCUAUGGACUCUCCCAGUUCCAGCCCAGGAAACUCUAACAGGAAAUUGCUAAAAGCUCCAUCCACUGGCACCAUGUCCUCCUCCGAUGAUUUUGAAGAGAGAGAUUCAUUGCAAACUUUUGAAAAUGAAAAUGGAACAUCCCAGCAGCAGUUUAAGAACAUCCUUCUCUCCAGUGCAGCACAGACCCACCGGCUCAGAAAGCUCUGGGGGGCAUCUAAAUGCAGGGAAUGUGACACUUUCAUGGUCAAUGGCUUUGAGUGUGAGGAGUGCUACCUGGCCUGCCACAAGAAGUGUCUAGAGAACCUGUUGAUCACCUGUGGCCACAAGAAGUUGCCUAACCGAGCACCUCUUUUUGGCAUUGACUUCACGCAAGUCCCUCGAGAUUUCCCAGAGGAAGUUCCCUUCAUAGUGGUGAAAUGCACCUCAGAAAUUGAAACUCGUGCCCUUGGAGUGCAGGGGAUCUAUCGGAUAAGCGGAUCGAAGGCCCGGGUGGAAAAGCUGUGCCAGGCCUUUGAAAAUGGAAGGAGCCUGGUGGAACUCUCCGAGCACUCCCCCCAUGAUAUCACCGGGGUCCUGAAGCAUUUUCUGAAGGAACUUUCAGGACCUGUGCUGCUAUACCAGCUCUAUGAUGAUCUCAUUGCUCUUGCCAAAGAUUUGCAAAAACUCAACGAAGAAAAGAGAGACUGUGCAGGCUUCCCUUCAGACCCCAUCCAGUGCAUGAAGGAUUUGCUGAGCAAAUUACCCGGAAGCAACUACAACACCCUGCGGCAUCUCAUUGCACACUUGUACAGGGUGGCAGAGAAAUACGAAGAGAACAAGAUGUCCCCAAACAACUUGGGCAUAAUAUUUGGGCCAACUCUGAUCCGGCCAUGCUCAGGAAGCGAUGUCUCAAUGUCGUGCCUUGUUGACUCUGGGUAUCAAGCCCAGAUUGUGGAGUUUCUCAUUCAGAACUACGAAAGGGUGUUUGGGAUGGAUGACCUGCCUUCAUCCCUGUCCCUUGGAUGUGAAAAUCCUUUGCAAGAAGCAUCGACAGAGAAGGAUGAAGGACAUCAGAACCCAGACAAAGUCCAGAAUAUAACUCUAGAGAAUUUCUCCUCCAAACAUCAUUUAAAUGUGGACUAUGUGUCUGAUAACUCGUCUUCCAGGGAAGCCAUCAAUGAGCUGACUCUGGAGAGAGCCCACAGUCCAUUAAACACGGAUGCUCUAGAGAUGGAUAGAAGUAUUGACUCUGAGCUGGAGGACCCGGAGGACUCUGUGCAGGAAAAGACAGACAGUGAUUUGGACAUGGUCGUAGGGACCCAGCCCAGAGGCCAUUUCAGCCGUCAGCCAGUAAAAUAUAUUCGAACACAGGCAAAAAUGAGACCAGUCAUUCCCAAGUCUUCCAGUUUGCCUUUGAGAACUACUACUUUAUGCAGCAUGGCAAUGGAGUUUGGUGCAGAAGGCAACCCUAAUGACAGCAGCUCCACAACAAAGGACAACCUGGAGGAGAGCAGUAGGAGUAGGAACAGCUCACCAGACAUGAGCACACUCAAGUGUCACCCAGGUGGGAAACAGCAACUCAAACAUUUUGAGAUCACACAGGAAACUGCCAGGAUUGUCUCCAAGUUUAAAGUUGAAGACACUUCAACGUCCUCUGAGCUGUCUCUGGAGAGCACAGAGUCUACUGAGAAAGCAGUGAACCUCAACUCAGAGAUACUGCUACAGAAAGACACUGAGGAUAAUAGAUAAUAGCAGUGGUAAGGGAGAAAGGACUGACAUCCCACACCAUGCUUUCUGCUGAAGAAAGGAAUAGUGAUGGAGUGAGGAUAACAUGUAUUUACAACACAGGCUGGAGAAAAAAACUUCUAUUGUGAACUACCUGACAGAUUUUGAGCUAGCCCAGGAUUUGCUUUUUAUUAAGAAACC